UGCUCCGAGCGGCCCCGGUGCCAACCGCUGGGAGAGGAGGGAGGAGGAGGCCGUGAUGGCGACGCCGGAGCCGGAAGUGCAGUGUGCUGCUGCAGUCCCUGAUUUGGAAUGGUAUGAGAACCCGGAAGAAACUCAUAGUCCCCUAGAUCUGCUGGAAACCAACUCUGCCCAGGAACCUUCCAAUCCUCCCGAGGCCUUUCCCCCAAGAGACUGCUUGGUGCCCGUGGUGUUUCCUGGGCCAGUGAGCCAGGAGGGCUGCUGUCAGUUUACUUGUGAACUGCUAAAGCAUAUCAUGUACCAACGCCAGCAACUCCCGCUGCCCUAUGAACAGCUAAAGCACUUCUACCGGAAACCCCAGGCAGAGGAUGUGGUGAGGAAGAAACCUCUGGCCCCCACUGAGGCAAACAGCAGGAAAUGCCAACAAGCCCUGGCAGAACUGGAGAGUGUCCUCAGUCACCUAGAGGACCUUUUCUCGAGGACGCUAGUACCACGAGUGUUGAUCCUCCUUGGGGGCAGUGCCCUGAGCCCCAAAGAGUUCUAUGAACUCGACUUGUCCCGGCUGGCCCCCUUCAGCGUGGACCAGAGCCUGAGCACAGCAGCUUGUUUGCGUCGUCUCUUUCGAGCCAUUUUCCUGGCUGAUGCCUUUAAUGAGCUGCAGGCUCCUCCGCUUAUGGGCACCAUUGUCAUGGCACAGGGGCACCGGGACUGUGGAGAAGAUUGGUUUCGGCCUAAGCUCAACUACAGAGUACCCAGCCGGGGCCACAAACUCACCGUGACCCUGUCCUGCGGUCGGUCUUCCAUCCCAGCCAUGCAUCUGGAGGAUUACGUUUGGUUCCAGGCACCAGUGACACUUAAAGGCUUCCAUGAGUGAAGGAGGGGCUUCCUAAUCUAUGAAGACACAGCAGCUGAAUUCUCUCUCUGGUAUCAACUUACCCAUCUGUUCCUUGGAAUUGGAGUUGCUUCUGGUGAGGGAGGAAGGAAGGUUCUGCCUUGGCCACCUGGCCUCCCCGCCUCAGGCCUCCUGAGAGGGCUGAUGGCUGUGAAUGUUGAUAAUCAUCGUUGAAUGAAAGGUCAACUUUACGGAGGCUGCUGGGGUCAGUUCGGGGUUGAAAAGCAGAGAUGGUCCAUGGAGUCUCACACGGAGGUGGUCCUUCGCUGCUCUUGCUCUAUCCUUUCAGAAUUGUUAGCAGUCAUAUGUGGGUGUGACUCAUGAAUUUUAAUAGAAAAUGAACAAUCAUAUUAAAUUUUCCUGAAAGUUUGGAUAUGUA